CUGUGUAAACAUCAGAGUUCAGACCUCUGUAAUGUAUCUAUAGUUAAAAGUUAUUAAUUUAAUAAUUACAUUUCAUGAGUUUUAGUUUCAAUCUCGUUUUCACCGUGUGUUGCAAGGUUAACUGUUAAUCAUAGUUGUGCUGUUGAUAAGUUAACAGUUUUAUUAGUCGCAUUUGUUUAGUGAUAUUUAAUAGGACAUAACCUUAUUUAACUGUUUAUUUUUACUACUAUUAUGGAAAACAUAGAAGAUUUUCAGUUCCCACAUACGUUCGUUUUAUUAGGAGCUUCAGGAGAUUUAGCAAAAAAGAAGAUCUAUCCUACUAUUUGGUAUUUAUAUAGAGAUAACCUUCUACCUAAAAAUACAAAGUUUAUUGGAUACGCUCGAACUAAACAAACUAUACAAGAAGUGAGAGAAAAAUCUAAAAAGUAUAUGAAAAUUCGACCUGGAGACGAAAGCAAAUUUGAAGAAUUUUGGGAUUGUAAUGAUUAUAUAGCAGGGUCCUAUGAUAAGAGAAUUGACUAUGAGUUACUUAAUCAACACUUAAGUAAAUAUGAAAAAGGGCUUGUUGCCAAUAGAAUAUUUUAUUUAGCGGUUCCUCCAACAGUCUUUGAAGAUGUAACAGUGAACAUUAAAAAUGCUUGUAUAUCAAUCAAAGGUUAUACCCGAGUGAUUAUUGAAAAGCCUUUUGGUAGGGAUGAUGUAAGCUCUGAGACUCUCAGCAAUCACUUAGCUUGCUUAUUCAGAGAGGAGCAGCUUUAUAGAAUAGACCAUUAUCUUGGAAAGGAAAUGGUUCAAAACCUGAUGACAAUUCGUUUUGCUAAUCAGAUCUUUAGUCCCUCUUGGAAUAGAGAAAAUAUUGCAUCAGUUCUAAUUUCUUUCAAAGAACCAUUUGGAACUGAAGGUAGAGGAGGGUAUUUCGAUGACUUUGGAAUUGUUCGUGAUGUAAUGCAAAACCAUUUGUUACAAAUUCUUUCACUUGUUGCUAUGGAGAAACCUGUGACACUAAAUCCAAAUGACAUAAGAGAUGAAAAAGUAAAAGUCCUGAGGCAUAUAAAACCAAUAGAGUUAAAUGACAUACUUGUUGGACAGUAUGUUGGGAAUUCUAAUGGUCGGGGAGAAGAAAAGUUAGGCUAUCUUGAUGAUCCUACUGUCCCUAAAGAUUCAGUUACUCCAACAUAUGCUGUUGCUGCCCUUUAUAUUAAUAAUUCUAGGUGGGAAGGAGUACCUUUUAUUCUACGUUGCGGAAAAGCCUUGAAUGAAAGAAAAGCUGAAGUGAGGGUUCAGUAUAAAGAUGUGCCUGGUGACAUAUUUGAAGGUCAUACUAAAAGAAAUGAAUUAGUUGUCAGAGUCCAACCUGGUGAAGCAUUAUAUUUAAAGCUAAUGUGUAAAUCACCAGGUAUGAAGUUUGAUUUGAUGGAAACAGAAUUAGAUUUGACAUAUAGUAUGCGUUACAAAGAGACUGAUGUCCCUGAUGCAUACGAGAGACUUAUUCUUGACGUAUUCACUGGAAGUCAGAUGCAUUUCGUUAGAAAUGAUGAGUUAAAGGAAGCAUGGCGAAUCUUCACACCAGUUUUAAAACAACUUGAAGAACAACAAGUGAAGCCUAUUCCAUAUGUUUAUGGCUCUCGUGGGCCUCCAGAAGCUGAUUCAAAACUAGCAGAAUAUGACUUUAAGUAUUCUGGAUCCUAUAAAUGGCAAAAGCCUACAAUGUCUUGACUAUAAAUUUUUGCAAGUUUAAUAUAUAUAUUUUUGGCAGUGGUUUUAUGGGACAGUAAAAUGGUUCUUGCAUAAUAUUUUAAAGCAUUAAUAAUAAUAACAUACAUUGAUCUAUCUUUAUAAGUACAUGAUACAUUCCAUUUUAACUAAUGACUUGCAUAAAUUUCCAAAGGUCAUUUUAAGGUUAAUCAAUUUUAUACUAAGGUUUAACGUAUAUUUCCUUUUCUGUUGUUUAGUAUUAUAUCCAAAAAAAAAAUUGUUUGUAACUUUUUAUACUGAGAUACUAAACUAUCAUCACAAUUUAUGAACACAAUGUAAGUAUAUUCCUUGCUGCUUAUGAUAAUACUAAUGUUUUAGAGGUCAAAUAUUUCACCUUGAUUUACACAUAAACUGACUUAGCAAUAUUAAAAUUUGUAAUUAUGGUGCCUAUUUAUUUUAUACCAUGUAUUUGGUAUAUAUCUUUUUUAAUAAUUGGUGCUACUAUGAGGCCUUAUAAAUACUGAGUAUGUCACUUAUAAAUAUGAGUUUCUAAGAGAAAUGCUUUAUUAGGAAUACACAAUAUUUAUAUAUUUAAAAUAAAUUAUAAAUGGGUUGGUUUUAUCAACAAAAUAUUUUUUCAACAUGUGAAAGGAAAUGUGAUAGUACCUACAAAUAACAAUGUGAUUUCGUAAAAUUUAUUAUUUAAAAUGUUACAAGUAUUCAAUUAAAUAUGUCUUUUAUUAAAUAAGAAACUGUAUUGUAUUAUUUAGAAUCUUUGGUCAUGCUAUAUUAUUUGUUGUGUAAAAGUGCAUUUAGUUUUAAGUGGGACUGGAUUUAUUAUAAAUUUUUAUACAUUCUUUUUAUUCUAUUUACAGAAAUAAAUCCUUAUUUUGA